UGCAAGGUAAUUAUAACUUUUUAGAUCUACUCAUAUAUAAAUAUUUAUUUAUUAGGACUCACAUCAAUAUGUAUGUCCACUCACUAUUAGAUUGUCAUCCCAUAUAAAAUAUCACUACUAUUUAUAUAAUUUCUUGGUAAAUAAGAAAAAAAAAAUUGAAUAUGAUAUUGACGUGGAUUUGUGAGAUUUAAUAUUUUCUCUUGAGAAUUUAAUAGUUAAAAAAAAAAAAAGAGUUGACCAUACUAUCCACGUGUGAUGGCACAGGAAUGAAUCAUAAGAGAAAAAAAUAUUAAUUAUCCAAAUUCUUAUCUCCUUAUGCAAAGGAUAUAAAUUUCUGCUCUCUAUAUUCUCUUUCUUUAAAUUUUGUAUUUUAUUAGUUAGUUGAAGAAUAAUAUAUACACAGAACAUAUCACUGAAGUCAAUGAUUGCAGGCAUGAGAGCCAUGUCUCAUGCCUGCAAUAGUUUGAUUAACCAUUUAAGAAAUUGUGUCAAAUGGUCCAUAACAACAUGGUAAGCACGUUGAAGAAGAGGCCGCCCACAUAGAAUUCUCAAGAAGCACAACGCCAAUUGAUUAACAAGCUAGACUUUGAUAUCGAAGCAACCAACCGCCGGGACGCCACCACUGCUGCUUUACAACUUGUACAUAUAUUGCUCAGUUUCCCACCAAAACUAUUGUGCUCAAAAUUAUGGCUUUAUCACUAACCAGAUCGCCCAAGCUUUCCAUCAGCAGGUCCGUGGCUCGUAUUCGGGUUCGUUCCCCGUCUGUUCGUGGCAAACCCACUUCAAAUUCUGUGGACAAUGAUCAAAAGAUUGAAUUUUUGGGAAGUGGAAUGGAGGAAUUUGGUGGUGAGGAUGGGUAUAGAAAUGGCAACAAGGUUAUGGUGCUGGUAGAUUUUAGCCUUGAAGCCAAGGGAGCUCUUGAAUGGGCACUGUCUCACACAGUUCAAAGCCAAGAUACCAUUGUUCUUCUGUACGUUGGCAAACCACCCAGUUCCAAGCAGGGUCCUGAGUGCAAAUUAAAGGUUAAUUUAAGGGCUUAUGAACUUCUUCACUCUAUGAAAAAUGUGUGUCAAAGGAAAAGGCCUGGGGUGCAAGUAGAGGUAGCUAUCCGUGAAGGGAAAGAAAAGGGUCCGAUCGUAGUGGAAGAAGCAAAGCAACAAAGGGUGUCGCUGCUGGUUUUAGGGCAGAGAAAACGGCCGAUAAUGUGGCGGCUAAUGAAGCGGUGGGCUGGGAAGAGGAAUGGUGGCGGAGCAGUGGAGUACUACUGUAUCCAAAAUUCUUCAUGCAUGACAAUUGCAGUGAGGAGGAAGGGCAAAAAGCUUGGAGGCUAUUUGAUCACCACCAAGAGGCACAAAAAUUUCUGGCUUUUGGCUUAGGAUUUAUUAUUAUUAUUAUUAUUAUUAUUAUUUUAUUUUUUUUAUGAAUAUGUAAAGACAAUAUUACGUGGGUUAUGUUUUAUAUUAAAGUUUUAAAUUAAGUCAAAAUUGCAAAAAAAAUUUAAAAGCAUUAACUAUAAUUGAUAAAUUACAUAAAAUUUUAGCUUUUUGUAA